UGAAGCAUGGCAUCAAUGACUCUGAUAAGGGCAAGUGUACAACCAAUCUGCUUGACAACUGACAAGAGGCUGGGGUUUGAAACAGACUGCAAAAAAGAACACAAGCAAGUGAUUUGCAAAGGGCAUUCCAGUUGUUUGCCUUCCGUCUCCUUUCCUCUGUCUGUAAUGAAACAAGAUUUUUAAUCAGCUAAAAUACCCUUGUCUCUUGUCUCUCCAUCAGAAAGUAAAUAUAGAAGAAAUGCAUUAUUUUGGAGUAUUAGCUGUACUGUCUGUUUUCAACAUCAUUGCUUGUUUGACAAGAGGCAAGCCUUUGGAAGACUGGGACAAGUUAUCCACUAUGGGCAAGUCUGAUGCACACUUUCAUGAUCCUGAGGAAGUGGAAGAUGAGACUCAUUUUGACUUUAAAUCUUUCCUGGAGGAUAUGAAGACAGAUUUACUACAGAGUUUGAAUUUAUCAAGAGUCCCCUCUCAAGUGAAGACCAAAGAAGAACCGCCACAGUUCAUGAUUGAUUUAUACAACAGAUAUGCUGCAGACAAGUCCUCCAUUCCCGCAUCCAAUAUUGUAAGGAGCUUCAGUACCGAAGAUGUUGUUUCUUUAGCUUCACCAGAAGAAAAUCCAUUUCAGAAACACAUCUUGCUCUUCAACAUCUCUAUUCCACGAUAUGAGGAAAUCACCAGAGCUGAACUGAGAAUUUAUAUCUCCUGUCACAGGGAAGUUGGGUCUCUGCCUAGGCUGGAAGGCAACAUGGUCAUUUAUGAUGUUCUAGAUGGUGACCACUGGGAAAACCCAGAAAGUACCAAAUCUUUCCUUGUUUCCCACAGUAUCCAGGAGUGUGGCUGGGAGAUGUUUGAAGUCUCCAGCGCUGUGAAAAGAUGGGUCAGGGCAGACAAACUGAAGACUAAAAACAAGCUAGAGGUUGUUAUAGAGAGUAAGGCUCUGGGUGGUUUCACUUGUGGGAAGAUGGAUAUCAGUGUUACCCCUGAUACUAAAAAUCUGCCCCUGUUAAUAGUGUUCUCCAAUGACCGCAGCAAUGGGACAAAAGAGACUAAAGUGGAGCUCCGGGAGAUGAUUGUUCAUGAACAAGAAAGUGUGCUAAGGAAAUUAGGAAAGAACAACACUUCAUCUGAAGAGGAGGAACAGGGAGACGAAAAGGCCAUCACUGGGCCUCACCAGCAUUCCUUCAGAAGCAAGAGAAGCAUCGGGGCCAACCACUGCCGGAGAACUUCCCUCCAUGUGAACUUUGAAGAGAUUGGCUGGGAUUCCUGGAUCAUUGCACCAAAAGACUACGAGGCUUUUGAGUGUAAAGGAGGUUGCUUCUUCCCUCUGACAGAUAAUGUUACCCCAACAAAACAUGCUAUUGUCCAAACUCUGGUGCAUCUCCAAAACCCAAAGAAAGCUUCCAAGGCUUGUUGUGUUCCAACCAAAUUGGAUUCAAUCUCCAUUCUCUAUAAGGAUGAUGCUGGUGUGCCCACUUUGAUAUAUAACUACGAGGGGAUGAAAGUGGCAGAAUGUGGCUGCAGGUAGUAUACAAGGCAGGAUCUCUUUAGAAUAAAAAUGCCCCCUUUUUCUGCUCUGUGUAAAUCUGUACAUUACUGAUGCAAGUGAAAAUCCUUGCAAACCAAGUUUAAAGCAGGGUAUGGGGCUGGUUGUUGUUGCUGCUUGUUUUAAAGGAAAACUGUCAUUUAAAGAAUGGCAAUCAUUGUAAAUAGCCUGCAUUAUAUAUCAUGGCAAAGUGAAUACUGGAUUAAAAUAUUGUGAGA